AGUGGACCCCGACAGCUCAUUUGGUCGUGACGAAAUUCUUGACCAAGAAGAAAAAUUAGGAUACGCGACGCCUCCUAGCACCAAGGCUUGUUGUGCUGCCAUUCUAGGACCCCCCAGCCAGUACCCCGAGCCGCCAGGAGAUAGAUGUACGUUGUCACCGAUGAAAAAUAUACCGUCCCGUUUAAAGGAGCAACUACUCGGCCCUGCAGACACUGUUGAACCGCACCAGCCGCUCGCGAGAGGAGCAUCUAUUGCCGGGAUCGGGACUUCAUGUGUGAAGAAUUCUGAUCAAAAAGGCUGCGUAGAUAAAGAACGAAAAAACACAACACUAGAGAGGACGUCCUCGCAUGAAGCUAGAGACCGUCUUCAGGAAGUAGAUUUACACGAUUCACCCUCAGGUGACGGUGACCGCCACGAGGACGAGUGUGGUACUUGCCAUGGACGCGAAAGCACGCUGUCCCCGACCGAGUUACCAGGGCUCCCACGUAUCGUUCCGCACAGUCGGAUAGUCUACGGCGACGCGUUCCUUCCUUGGACUUGUACGAAAAAACAGAUGCACUUGAUAGACACUCGAACCUUCCUGUCUGCGGUGAACAGCAAAAAAGCACUGGUCAAGACCACAUUUACAUUAGAGCAUCCACACGCCGGAGGACAGGCAUAUCAAGAUCAACAACUAGAGAAAAAAUGUGUUGAAGCAGGACCCAGCUCGUUAUCAUUAUUUGCGGGAGCGGGAUCUCCUGCGAUGUGUGAUGGGUCUCUAAAUGAUCGUGAUCCUAGGAGUGAUACACGUACAGCGCACAUCCUGGACACCAGAAGCAAGAAGCAAUAUGGACGAGACAAACCAGGACAGAAUCAAGACCCAGCAGCCUCAAUCUCCUACAAAUUGCUGAGCAAGUCUCAUAGUUCAACGGCACUAUUUCCAGGCAUACGACAAGGACAUGAUCAAACUGGGGAAGCAGGGCGAGAGUUCGGUAUACCCUCAGAACAACAAAGACACAUGAAGAACGGUGUGGUCAAACAAGAAACAGCAACAGAGCACAACGAUCCUCGUCUCACGGCAAGCACUAGACCGCGCUGCAGAUCGUCGAACUCCCUGCUCCAACAAAAUUCAAAAACCGCACUUUCAAGUGGUGCUGAAGCAGGUCAAGUACAGCAUGCAAGUGGCUUCAAGAGGAUCAAGAACAUGAUGACGGCGCUCCAGAACAACGACCGCUACUACAACAUUGACAAGAAAGAACAACAGCAAGUGAGGUUUCGGCUAUUGACGUACAAUAUCUGGAUGAUGCCGAAUCUGAUCACCGGGAUCGCACCAAAGAGUUGGAACCUUUCUCCGGAGAAGCACGCGCGCGCACAGCGCAUUCCUGCUGCUCUGCCGCGUGACUUGGACGUCAUCGUUUUCUGCGAAGCCUUUUGUGAAGCCACCAUGCAGACGAUUUCGCUGCUUCUACGUCGAGAUGGUUUCCUGUUCGACACUAUCCAGCCGAUUCUGAAACGUCGCUUCAUCUCUUCUGGCAUCAAGAUCUACUCCAAACAUCGCAUACUGGAAACCGAUUUUUUGAUUUAUGACAGCUGCUCAGGUGACGAAGUUCUGGCGAGCAAAGGCUGCACCUACGUCAAGGUGCAGAAACAAGGACUCAAUUUCCAUUAUGCUGAUGAUCAUAAUCGUAAUCCCAACUUACAUUUGUUCACAACUUCAUAACUCUUGUUUUUCUAGUCUGUCCUUAGUUUUCAACUAGUAGGAACGAACAAGUAGAAGUAGCAGUUUUCUAGUACUAAGCCCUCCAAGAACCUGAACCUUCUCAAGAAAUCUUUCAACCACCAUUUUCAUUUCCUCGUGUUUGGCACACAUUUGCAGGCCUGGGAGACGCUUAGGGCGCAGAAGGAUCGACGAGCGCAACUGCGCCAGAUUCGCAGUUUUGUGGCACGAAAAAGGAUCCCUCCGCACGAACCUGUCCUAUUGGCCGGGGACUUCAACAUAGUGGCGGACCUGGGAUCCCCCGAAUAUCAUAAGAUGCUUCACCUACUCUCAGCCGAAAACUAUGCGGAACAGGAAAAGGAAGAAGACCACGGCGAAAUAAACGCUGUGACUAUCAACAUCGACCAAAUAGCCAGAGAUCUAGUAGACCAGGACCGGGACCACCGGGACGAUAGGAGAACCGAUAGCGCCACUACACGUACAGUAGUACAAGAUGAUACAAAUACAACUUCUGUUUCUGCAUCAAGACGUGUAGCACUGAUGGAGCAUCCUGGAAUUAGUGGUCGUCCAGCUCCUUCUCUUGGUCUUGAUGGAGAGGUUGCUGCUGGUGCUGCCACGACAUCAAUAUUAAAGUUGCCUGCACCAACAUCAUCUGCUUUCUCGGGUAGUGGACCUCAAGGUUCUUCAACAAUUCCAACUGGCACCAUCUCCGAUAACCAAUCGGUUGUACUCACUCCGAACCUGGACGAUUUCGAAAAACACGACAUGGCAAUUUUGAUUGCAUCUUCUAGCCCUACGUCACCCUGUCCUCCUCGGCCACCGCCACCAUUAGACCGUCCGGUGGUAUGGCAAGACUCCGUACUUGCGAGCAAUCAAUGGUGCUCUUUCGGUAGCGUUAGCAGUGAUGCGAACGAAUCGAUGGUCUUGGACUACAUUUUCGUGGAGAAGAAUCACUUGCUUCUUAAGACAUCCGAGGAUCCAUCUUCAUCUCGAGAAGCAUCAAUCUGGGACAUUCACUUUCACCUUUUUCAAUAUCUUUAUGUUAUAUAUAAAUACAGUUACCGCUCGUGUCGUCAUCUAAGGGUGGACGUUCUUCUCCAGGAUGUUGAGACUUUGAAGAUGGAUUCUGUUUCUGAGAGGGUCUAAAUUUUCCACCAAUGCCAGAAUUUCCACCGAAUACGUCCAAGCGGGGACACCGUUUUCUUACCGGGGUCGCGAUUUCGUUGACUUAAGCGACCACUAUCCUGUACUAGGUGACUUCGUGUUCGUUUUCGAGAUGAACCACCACAGGGAGCACAAGUUGGACUUGACUCUGAGGUCACCACCUUCUAGAGGUGGGCAGCUGUAAUACGGGAACCAGCACGUCGCAGAACGAUUUCCACCUCUCGGUCAGGUAAGGUAUGGUCGUAUACAGAUACGAGCCACCAGGAACAGAAUCUCUCAGAUGAUUAUAUCUCCAAAAAAUCGCAUACAUAGUUUUUUAUUUUAUCGUACUUUAUUUUGUGGAGGUGUAGUUGUAACAAGAAGAUCGACGUGCGUGACGUGGUACUCAUUUCCUCAGACAGUCUUCUUUGUUUUCUGAGACAUAAUCGGCGGCUUUUGCCUAGAAGGAGC